AUCUUUUGCGAUGCGAGCAGGCUCCGACAAUCGGUAAGCCUUUCUACUGGGUCAUAAGUGAAUACUUGGAAAAACGAAAUCGAAUAUGGAACUCUCAAGUCCGACACUUCUUAUUCGGAACACGAGUAUGCAACCAUUAUGCGAAAUUUCGUAUAUUUGCGCACUCCCGUCCUUCUCGCUUAAUUUUCGCGACGAGAUACUAAGUGUGCAGUGUUUUGCCACAUGAGAACGUUGGACGGUGGGGAACUUGUUGCUCUGCAUGCGAAGUGCCUUCCCUGUCUUCCUGAAUUGCCUCCAUUCGCUUCUCUGUUUCUCCGCCGCUUGCGGCGAAGGCGCGCCUGACAGACGACCUCGACCCCGCGAGAGAGACCGCUGCGAGGGACAGUUACUGCGUGCGCCUGUUUAUUUCUCUCUUGCUGUGCAGUCACCGCAGCAGCCAUCGCACGAAAAAAGGCAUCCAUUCCACCUGCUUGCGAUCGAAAGCACGCGUUCCGUGUCCUCGCAGACGUCUCUGUCCAGUGGAAAAAGUUGUAUACGCGAAAAAAAAGAAAAAAUGGAACGGGUCAUCCGACGCCAACAUACAUUUCCUGUUGUUUUCGCUUGCUUAAAAACUGUAACGAAAAACCAACUUUCGUGAGCGUAGCGAAGGCGUCGUCAUUGCUCCCAAACUAUGUUACACUUAGUGGCGAUGAGUCGGCCGGUUUUCUUAACGAUUCAGAUGAUUCGCACGAGGCCAGCGACCGAGAGCGUGAGCACCGCGCUGCUGCAGACAUUUGUGUCGAGUGGCGGCAACGUCGUUCCGCAGACUGCAAUUUAGACUUGAUGCAGUAACGACAGUGCGAGUGGCUAUAAUACAUCUUGAGUUUGCUUUAUUGCUUUGUUCUUGAAUAAUAGGAAUCAACGUCCAUGCCUUCAGCUUGAACUCGGUUGUUGUUUUUCAUGAACUGCGAUAAAAAUGACUAGUUUGGCCACUGAAGAGUUUACUAUUCCAAAAUAGGAUCCAAGAUAAUAUCCCCCCCCACCCCCCACCCCUCAAAAAAAAAAAAAAAGAAGAAAUGUCACCUUCCUUGUCUCCCUAACAUUUUGCAUGUAUAUACAAAUUAAGCAGUACACUUGCAAGCUUCUACUUGCAAGCUUAAUUGCGGGCAACGCAUUGACACGUUUUAUUUUUCUUUUCCGUUCGGGUUGUUUACACCAGCGCGUAAUGUACAAAGCAAAGUAAAAAGAUAAACGAAAUCAGCGGGAAUUACGAGUUGUGCUAGUGGUUUGUCGUAGCGUGCGCGAGCUCCCAUAGACAGACAUGAUACAACGCAAAAAAAAAAAAGAAAUAAGAAGAAGGAAAGAAAGCGCAUCUUGGUUGUUUGUGCGCGAAGGGGCAUGCGCAGAUUUGCGCACAGAAUAAGUGUCCUGCGAAACAAACAUGCGAUUAAAAUUUGUGAGAACUCAAGCCGCUGUUCACUUUUCUGUCUGAUGAGCAAUAGAAAGCGGUGUGUUGUCACGUGGAGUCGCCGUCGCCCGUUUUUUCUCGAUCGUGAAAUUGCCUGCUCAACGCUAAGCGCACAAAAAAAAAAAGGCUCUUUUGAGAAAGGGCGUUUCGAUUCUAGCUAAAGGCCGCGUGUUGCAGUUUGCGAUGUCAUUCGCGCCUGCAAACGAAGACCCCCCGGUCUGCAUGUUGCGGGAAAGCUCUCCGUGACUAGAACCUCUAAUCGAUUGGCCCAACCUCUGGGCCCGAGUAGCGAAUGAGACUGCGACUUGCUGCCUGGCUCCGCCGCGGUCUGUCAUUGCAUGAGCUGGUUCCGUAGGCAAGCGAAUGGAUGACGUAGCGGGUCGGCUGACUGGGCAUGCUAAGUCUGACGCCGUGUACAGAUCAUGAUGAGUUUGUUGGGCGCCCCGGUCUUGAGGGGGUGCAGCCGGGGCCCAGGGCGCAGUGCGGGGGUGAGGGGGCCGGCGGCGGCGGCGUUCGAUUGGAGGGGGGUCGCCGCCGGCAGAUGUCGCCCUCGGCGGCGGAGGGCCCGGGGCCGUGGGCCCCCCGCGGGGCUCAGUCAGCUCGGCGACAGCGUCCCGUGGGGCAUGCCGGCGUGAGCGCGGGCACCUGUUGCGGCGCACCUGUUGCGAGCUCGGUGGGCCCGCAGCUGAUCGAUCGGCCAUGCACCUGCUGGACGUGGUUCGCAGCUGGCGGGACUCGAGGCGCCUGGUGCUGCUCAUCGUGGCCGUGGCCCUGCUGCUGGACAACAUGCUGCUCACCACGGUCGUGCCCAUCAUCCCCAACUUCCUCUAUGAACUGAACCUGCCCGCGAACAAGAACGACAGCGGCGCCGAUGGCGGACCUGCGCUUCUGCUGCACCCACCACCAGCCACGGAAAGCAACGACUGGGAAGUGCCCGGCCGCACGCUGGUGCCGCCGGCGCCCACCGAACCCGAGCCGCAACCCACGUCUAGCACGCUCAGCCCGCAAGCGAUGAAGACGCGCCACGACAUGCUGAAUAACGAGAAUGUCGAGGUGGGCAUUAUGUUCGCCUCAAAGCCAGUCGUCCAGGCGCUCGUCAACCCUGUCGUCGGACCGCUAACUAAUCGCGUCGGCUACUCACUGCCCAUGUUCGCUGGAUUUCUCAUCAUGUUUGUGUCAACACUCGUGUUCGCGGCUGGAACAAAUUACGCCACACUGUUCCUGGCGCGUACGCUGCAAGGCGUGGGCUCAGCAUGCACCAGCGUGGCCGGCAUGGGUAUGCUGGCCGAGAAGUAUCCAGACGACAGGGAGCGGGGCAACGCCAUGGCCAUAGCCAUGGGCGGCCUCGCCCUUGGUGUCAUGAUUGGACCGCCUUUCGGAGGCGUCAUGUAUGAGUUCGUCAGCAAGAGCGCCCCCUUCCUCGUGCUCGCAGCCAUUGCGCUACUGGACGGCCUAUUGCAGCUGGUGGUGUUGCAGCCAAGGGUGCGGCGGGACAUCGAACAGGGUGCCUCCCUGAAGGCACUCGCCCAGGACCCGUACAUCUUGGCUGCGGCGGGAGCCAUCACGUUCGCGAACCUAGGCAUCGCAGUGCUGGAGCCGUCGUUGCCGCUCUGGCUGAUGGACACCAUGCAGGCGCCCCGAUGGCAGCAAGGCGCCGUCUUCCUGCCGGCCAGCAUCUCUUAUCUGGUCGGCACAAACCUCUUCGGCCCAAUGGGCCACAAGUUGGGGCGAUGGCUAUCCUCCAUGAUGGGCCUCUUCAUCAUUGGCAUCUGUCUCGUAUGCAUACCUAUGGCGAAAAACGUGAACCACCUCAUUGUCCCCAAUGCUGGAAUCGGUUUUGCCAUCGGCAUGGUCGACUCUUCAAUGAUGCCUAUGUUGGGGUAUCUCGUGGACAUUCGGCAUGCGUCUGUAUACGGCAGCGUGUACGCCAUUGGAGACACUGCAUUCUGCAUCGGAUUCGUUCUCGGGCCUAUCAUCAGCAGCAGCGUCGUCAAAACCUUGGGAUUUCAAGCGCUGCUCUACCUCACGGCCACAGUGUGCUUCGCGUACUCGCCGGUGAUGUUCCUGCUAAAGAACCCUCCGGGCCGCCAGGAGAAUCAGUCGUUGCUGCUGCGAAGCGGCUCUUCGGACGUCCGCUACAGGAGCUACGCCAACGAGGAUGACUCCCCGGAGCACAAAGAGCAGCGCUGAAAGCAGAAAUUUAAUAAAGGGGCGCGGCUCAUGCGUUGGCCGGCUCGGACCACGCGACCGCCGGCGUCGUUGGCUUGACGUCUGUCGA